CCGGCAUGUCAGGGACCCGCGCCUCCAACGACCGGCCCCCCGGCGCGGGCGGCGUCAAGCGGGGGCGGCUGCAGCAGGAGGCGGCGGCGACCGGCUCGCGGGUGACUGUGGUGCUGGGUGCGCAGUGGGGGGACGAGGGCAAAGGCAAGGUGGUGGACCUGCUGGCCACGGACGCCGACAUCGUCAGCCGCUGCCAGGGGGGCAACAAUGCAGGCCACACUGUGGUGGUGGACGGCAAGGAGUACGACUUCCACCUGCUGCCCAGCGGCAUCGUCCACACCAAGGCGGUGUCCUUCAUCGGCAAUGGGGUGGUGGUGCACUUGCCGGGCUUGUUUGAAGAGGCGGAGAAGAACGAGAAGAAAGGUCUGAAGGACUGGGAGAAGAGGCUGGUCAUCUCCGACCGCGCCCACCUCGUGUUCGACUUUCACCAGGCCGUGGACGGGCUCCAGGAGGCGCAGCGGCAAGCCCAGGAGGGGAAGAACAUCGGCACCACCCGGAAGGGCAUCGGGCCGGCCUACUCCUCCAAAGCCGCCCGCACCGGCCUGCGCGUCUGUGACCUGCUGUCGGACUUUGAGGAGUUUUCCGCCAGAUUCAAGAACCUGGCCCGCCAGCACCAGUCCAUGUUUCCAGCGCUGGAAGUGGACAUCGAAGGCCAGCUGAAGAAGCUCAAGGGCUUGGCCGAGCGGAUCCGCCCCUUGGUCCGAGACGGGGUGCACUUCAUGUAUGAGGCACUUCACGGGCCCCCCAAGAAGAUUCUGGUGGAGGGUGCCAAUGCGGCCCUGUUAGACAUCGACUUCGGCACAUACCCGUUCGUGACCUCAUCCAACUGCACUGUGGGGGGCGUGUGCACCGGCCUGGGCAUCCCCCCACAGAACAUAGGGGAGGUCUAUGGCGUGGUGAAAGCCUACACCACCCGCGUGGGCAUCGGCGCCUUCCCCACAGAGCAGAUCAACGAGGUCGGAGACCUGCUGCAGAACCGUGGCCAUGAGUGGGGGGUGACCACAGGCAGGAAGAGGCGGUGCGGCUGGCUGGACCUGGUCACCGUGAGAUACGCCCAUAUGAUCAACGGCUUCACUGCGCUCGCGUUGACGAAGCUGGACAUCCUGGACGCCCUGGACGAGCUGAAGGUCGGCAUUGCGUAUAAGCUGAAUGGGAAGCGGAUCCCCCACUUCCCAGCUAACCAGGAGGUCCUGCAGAAGGUGGAGGUGGAGUACGAGACCCUGCCGGGGUGGAAGGCCGACACCACGGGCGCCCGCAAGUGGGAAGACCUGCCCCCGCAGGCCCAGGGCUAUGUGCGCUUCGUGGAGAACCACGUGGGCGUGGCAGUCAAGUGGAUCGGGGUCGGCAAGUCCCGGGAGUCAAUGAUCCAGCUGUUCUAGGCAGAGCGCCUGGCGCGGCUCGCCUGGGAACCUGGAAGCGCACCUGCGCGGCCGCCCUGCAGCCUCGGGGUGACUGCCCUCCUCGCGCCCCAGCAAGCUGCGUCCGGCCUGUGGUGGGGGCUGGGCUGGCGGGCAAUAAACCGGGUCCGGUGGGCAGCGCCGCA